UAUGUCUCAUGUGAAGUUCUAUAAUUUGAGAAAGGUGUUCUUUUUCUCUCUCAUAGCUAACACCCUCUUCCAUUUUUCCAUUUACCUUGGCAAUGCAAAGCUGUUCAAGAGUUUUCUCUCUAUCAUCGCAUGCUCCAACAUCAUCUUUUUCACACACCCUUCAAAGUUAUCUUCUUCUUCUAAGCAGAACCAGCAACAUAAAACUUCAACCACGUGCUCUGCUUCUGAUAGGUGACAAGUUUUUGGAUAUUGAAAUACUGAAAACGUUGUGAAGACUAUUGGAUAGUGGAAUCUAGUGAUGAACCAUACAAUCUGAGUUUUUGGCAAUACAAUGUUUGUUAUAUAGUUAUUUUGAAUAAAAACUAUAGAAACUUCAUCAAGAUACUUUUCUGACACCCUUUGACUUGUGAGAUCUGUAUAUUCCAAAAUGGGUUGUGUUUUGUCAAGUAUUGAUGAGGAUGAGAAGGUUGGUAGGUGCAAGGAAAGGAAGAGGUUGAUGAAACAGUUGGUGAAAAUUAGAGGGGAUUAUUCUGAUUCCUUAUUGGCUUAUUUGAAAUCACUGAGAAACACUGGUGCCACCCUGAGGCAAUUCACUGAGUCUGAUACAAUUGAGUUUGAAACUGCAUCCCCGCCACUACCACCGCUACCACCGCCGCCGCGGCCUUUUUUUCUCACUGACAAGAGUAUGGUGCAGGAGGAUGAGAUGCUAGAGACAGAUGACACCAAUGUUCCUCCACUGCAAAUUGAUCCAAGUUUGAGUUCAUUACGGCUGUAUCGAUGCCCUGAUAGAAACGAAAUGGUGGAACCAGUGGAGGAGGAUAAUUGGGAAGAAACCAAAACAGAAUUUGAGGAUGAAGAAGCAGAAGCUGCUGUAAUUGCUGAAAAAUUGCGUAGGGGAAAGCAACAGUUGGUAGAAUCAGUUGAUGAAAAUUCCUCUGCAAUAAGUUUGUGUAGAAAAGAUGCUACAACUAUGCCUGUUACAGUUUAUAGAAGUGGGAAAACAUUGGAGGGUAUAGGUAAAGAGUUGGAUGAGCAAUUCUUGAAAGCAUCUGCAUGUAUUAAGGAAAUUGCUGUUCUUAUUGAUAUCAGUGGAGGAGAUACUCUUCUGCGGCAGAAUUCUGGGCGUCAUGAUAGGAAGAGAGGCAAUUCUGCAAAGGUCUUCAGUGUACUGUCAUGGAGUAGGCAUUCAAAAUCACCACCAUCCACCAAAGAUUGUGCUGAAUUUUCUGGUCGUAGUGAACCAUGCAAGCCUGGAGCUCAUUGUGCCACACUUAAAAAGUUAUAUUCGGCAGAGAAGAAACUGUUCAAAGCAGUAAAGGAAGAGGGAAUUGUUGCCUUGGAGUUCGAUAGAAAGUCGUCAUUAUUGCGUAAACAAGAGGAUGAGAACCUUGACAUGGUGAAAAUUGACAAAACUCGAUCAUGUGUUGAGAAGUUGGAGUCUGAUUUAAUAAGCUUACGGCAGUGCAUCAGUGAAACAACUUCAUCAAUUUUGGAAAUGAUAGAUGAGGAGCUUUUACCCCAGCUGGUUGCAUUAACUGCAGGGUUGGCACAAAUGUGGAGAACAAUGCAGGAGUCCCAUGAAGCCCAAACACUCAUCUCCCAGCACUUGAGUAACCUCAGUGAUAAUCACAGCACGAUACUAAAUUCUGAAUAUCAUCCCCAGGCUACAAUUCAGUUUCAGACUGAGGCCUCUUAUUGGUAUAGCAACUUUUGCAAACUUGUAAAAUCUCAACGGGAGUAUGUGAGGAUCCUCCAUGAAUGGAUUAAGCUUACCGAGAGCCUCAGGGAUGGUCAAGAAAGUAGCAAUCAUUCUUCUGUUCUUACUAUUUGUGAACAUUGGGAGCGUGGGCUUAAUGACUUACCAGAAAAGGCGACCUCUGAUGCAAUAAAAAGCCUUUUGUCAUGCAUCCGAUCCAUAACUUCUCAGCAGACAGAGGAACACAACAUUCUGAAAAGGUUAGAGAAACUUGAAAGGAAAUUCCAAAAAUGUGUGAACACCUUGGCUGAGAUGCAGCAGAGAAUAGAUGGAGAUAUAGCUGAUACAAGCCCCAGGCAUCCAAUCCAUGUUAAGAAGAGUGAAACAGAAGAAAUUAAGAAGCAAGUGGAGAAUGAGAGAGCAAAUUAUUUGGAUGCUGUUCAGUAUAGUAGGGCCAUGACCCUUGAUCAGCUACAAACUACACUUCCCCCACUCUUCCAUUUACUCAUGGAAUUUUCAAGUGCUUCAUCCCAUGCUAUUGAGCUUAUCAAUGCCCCCACUGAAGCCAUUUGAGUAGAGUGCAGGGAUAUUGCACCUCAUAACAUUUUUAUUACUGUCUGGUGCUUUGGAUAGUUUGAGAAGAAAAAAUAUAUACAUUUGUAUAUUGUAGAUUGUGUUUGUCAGUUUGUGAACUGACACAAAAUUGUGUUGAUGGUAUCAAAAUUAAACUCUUUUGUAUAUCCCUUCCAUGCCACCGUAUUCUUAACUUUUUAAUGGGGGUUGAAGGUUAUCUUUUAUGUGGAACAAAUGAAAAGAAAAGUAAAGGAA